GGUACGCCGCUGUUUCCCUGCGGGUGAGGGCUCUCUGCUUCGGUGUUGUGGCGCGGGUGGGCCCGUUUGCCUAUUUGGUACCCUGUGAAUGGCUUUCAGCCUCUCGGCUCCACCCUCCCUCCCUAACAGACGCUGGGACGAAACCCGCCGCCGCGGAGUGCGUGGUCCCGGAAGCCCCUGCUCGAGGGUCCCAUCACCGGAAGUGCCACACCAGGCGGCCGGGUAAGCGAGCGGCCUUUGGCAGCGGUAGUGGUGGUGCUGGAGCUGAGCCACUGAGUUCACCAUCGACGAAAAGUUGGGAGAAGAAUCCGUUGGACUGUCCUGGAGCAGAGGGAAGCGUUGAAUAGAAUGAAUAGCUCUGGAUUAGAGAGACCUUGUGGACCCAAAAGAAAAAGUCGUUGAGUUAUUGUUACGGUUUUGAGGUGCCAAGUAAGAAAUUAAUAUAAAUAAUGCUGGAAAAUUGUAAAUGCAAACUGCUGAUGAAGGAAAGGUUUGAAACAAAUAUGUUUUUGAAGUUACCAGUGAAAUGACUAUGAAAACAGGGGUCAAGAAGACCAAUGGAAAACCACUUAGGAGGGAAACAUAGAAAAUGUACACUUCAGAAGAGAAAUGUAACCAGAGAACUCAAAAAAAGAAAAAUAUACCAUGUAUGCCCUCAGCAGGGGAAAAAGAUUUAUAUUCAUGUACAUGAGAUUACUCAAAUAGAUAAUCAAAUAUAUCAGUGCCUUGAAUGUGAACAAAGCUUUUGUGAAAACUGAGAGAUCAUAUACUGGAAGAAACCGUAUAGAUGUGAUAUGUGUGAAAAAACCUUCAUCCAAAGUUCAGAUCUUAUUUCACACCAGAGGAUCCAUAAUUACGAGAAACCUUAUAAGUGUAGCAAAUGUGAGAAGAGCUUUUGGCACCACUUAGCCCUUUCAGGACACCAGAGAACACAUGCAGGUAAAAAGUUCUAUACCUGUGACAUCUGUGGCAAGAAUUUUGGUCAGAGCUCUGAUCUGCUUGUCCAUCAGCGAAGCCAUACAGGUGAGAAACCUUAUCUGUGUAAUGAGUGUGAUAAAUGCUUCAGUCGAAGUACAAAUCUCAUAAGGCACCGAAGAACUCACACAGGUGAAAAACCGUUUAAGUGUCUGGAAUGUGAAAAAGCUUUUAGUGGAAAAUCAGAUCUUAUUAGCCAUCAAAGGACUCAUACUGGUGAGAGGCCCUACAAAUGCAACAAAUGUGAGAAGAGUUAUCGGCACCGUUCCGCCUUCAUUGUCCAUAAAAGAGUUCAUACCGGGGAGAAGCCGUAUAAGUGUGGUGCCUGUGAGAAGUGCUUUGGGCAGAAAUCUGACCUUAUUGUACACCAGAGAGUCCAUACAGGUGAGAAACCAUAUAAAUGCUUGGAGUGUAUGAGAAGUUUUACUCGGAGUGCCAACCUAAUUAGGCAUCAGGCAACUCACACUCAUACUUUCAAAUGCCUUGAAUAUGAGAAGAGUUUCAACUGUAGCUCAGACCUCAUUGUACAUCAGAGAAUUCACAUGGAAGAAAAACCACAUCAAUGGUCUAUGUGUGAGAGUGGCUUCCUCUUAGGUAUGGACUUCAUUGCCCAGCAGAAAAUGAGGACUCAAACAGAAGAGCUACAUUAUAAAUACAGUGUUUGUGAUAAAAGCUUUCAUCAUAGCUCAGCCCUUCUUCAAGGUCAAACAAUGCGCAUUGAUGAAGAGUACAUCUAUAAUGUAAGUGAAAAAGGUCUUGAUCUAAGCUCUCAUGCAUCAGAAACCUCACGGAUAUCUUGACAAGAAGUCACAUAACCUUUUAAAAAUGUACGUAUACAUCAGAAUUCGUUAAGAGAAAGACUUCUAGGUGAAUUUCAGAUUUCUCUCAGAUCUCAGGUGUCAUUGGGGACCAGAGAGAGAGUCUACCAUCUUAGGACACCUUUAUUAGCCACACUUGUGAAGAGCUAAACAAAUGCUCUGGGUUUUAGAAAAUCUUCCUCAAAAGAAGAGUCAUACAGGUAGGAAGCCUUACAUGUGCAGUAUGAGAGCUCUCCAGCAGUGUUAAGCCCUCAUCUUUACAAGACAAUCACACCAGAGAACAACUGUUUAAAUGCUUUGUGUCAGCAGUACUUCAAAGAGUAUGAACACCUUACUGGAUAUCAGAAAAUUGACCCUGGGGAGAAGCCCCAGAAAUGACAGGAAAAAGCUUCUAGAAUUCUGACUUUCUUAACCCUCAGAGAAGCCAUAGUGGUAUAAAUGGAUAUUUGUCUUGAGUGUGGCAAAAACACUUGUUGGAGAGUCUUACUUGGGUUUGCAUCCUCCUAUACAAAAAUCAGAGGAAUGAUAACUGAAUGAGAAAAUCUUAUUAAUUUUCAGCUCUUGGGGCUUAUCAGGGAACUCACAUCAGUGAAAACCCAUAAAUGCUUUGUGUCUGAGAAACUAGCAGGUCUUACCUAGUUGGGCCUCAGAAAACCAGUUCUAUUGAGGAAAGUUGCUCCAGUGAGAGUUAUAGCUGUGGGUGAGAAUCUGUACAUAACACUGUGUUUAAGAAGAGCUGUCUCAUAGUUGAACCACAUUGUAAAAAAACUAAAUAGAGUUGUAUAGAAAUACUGUCUUAGUGACCUAGAAGCUUGUUUUGGAGGAGCUGGGGCAAGUCAGCAUGGAUCUGGGAGGGUAACUCAGGUAAAGAUUCUUUUUUUUUGUCUGAACCACUUAAUGAUUGCUCUAGUUUCACUUCUAAAACAUAAAUCCAAUAAAGGAAAGGACUGUAAUCUUGUCUAUAAGGUAGGAUAUGGGUUAUUGUUGGAAGAAAGGAGUGCUUUGAAUUUGGAUUUCCAUUUUCUUGUUUGAUUUUUUUUUAAGAAUAUCUUGGCUAGAAUGGGAAUGGUUGCUAAGAACCUAGGGAGUACUUAAGUUUGGGUUAAAAAUCUCAGUAGUUUCCUGUUUGCAUGAUCAACCUCAGCAGAAAGCAGAAUACUCAGCUGUUUACUUAGUAAGAGCUGCCCUCAAAAUUGUCCUAAGUUGUCCAAAGUUGACCCUUAAGUAUCUUUUUGAGUUAUCACUGGUUUUUGAAAUUUCAAAUUUAUAGAUCCAUGUUUUUUUUCAAGUAAAAAUAACAAAUUCUAGGAUACUGGUUAUGAUGGUGUCAUAGUAUCCAGGUUUUUGUGAGUUGCCUCAUCUCUGAGUGGUAGAUACCAUAUCAGCCACUGUGUAGCAGAAGGAAUCGGGGCAAGUUGUAAGGCAGAGAAAGAGGAGAGACACAGUGAAGCAUUCUUAAUAGAGGAACAACAGGACACUGAAUUUUGGAGUCAAAAUCCUGACUCCAAAGCUAAUAUAUAUAUAAAUUCUAUUAUCCUGAUGCUUGCAGCAAAUAAACUUCAUAAUGACACAGUUCUUUUUCAUUUAUUUCAGUUCUGUCAAGGAAAGAAAAAUACAGUUUAAUCCCAGGGAAAGGAUUGCAGUCAACACAAUAUAAGGUAUAUUCUUGGUUUGGAAUGCAGGAUUCUAAAUGUUAGAGAAGUGGUUGGCAGAUUCACCUGUUUUAAGGAUAAACAUUGUGUCAGUACAGUAGGCUAAUUGAUUGUCUUUAACAUUCUUUGGCUAGCUUAUGACCCAAGCUUCUAAGUGACCAUCUAAUGGUCACUUCUCAUUGUUUUUCUUUUUUUUGGCUUAAAAUAUUUUUAAUACAAAUAUUUUAAGUUCCUGCAUAUUUGAGACUAAUUAUCUUAUUGCUAAUUACAGUCCUCUGGUUUUGUUGUAAUUAAUUUGGUGAACACCAGUACUCUAGGGGUUAUUAGUGUUUGGAGUCAUGAAAUUGGUCUGAUGCUACCUUACAUGUGACUGUAAGCUCUCAACGUGAUUGUUGUUUGGUAAUCAUAAUCUUAAAGCCAGUGAAUUUAGCUCAGUAAGGAAUCUGGUUCCAGUUCCUUUUAGAAAACAGGUUGUAUCAUUUGUUUGUUUGGGUUUUUUGUUGUUUUGUUUUUUGUUUGUGUGUGUGUGUUUUGCUGUGUAGCCCUGGCUGUCCUGGAACUAGCUCUAGACCAGGCUGGCCUCAAACUUGAAGAUUGUCCUGACUCUGAUUCCCUAGUGCAGGGAUUAAAGGCAUGCACCACCACUGCUUGGCUCUGUCAGUGUUUUUGAUCUGACACGUUCAGUAAUUUUUUACAACUAACUUUAGUACUGUGAAAAUUUUCCUAUUGUGAUAAACACACACAAAAUAUGUUUUUUCUCUUUGGGAAAAAUCAUGCAAUCAUGCCUAUCAACUGGCAGAAGUUUGAUAAUUGUGAAAUGUAACAUAAUACUGGGUGUAUGAUAAUGGCAGUAAAAAAAAAAAAGUCACUGUGGCUGCUAAUAAGUCAGUAGAGAGAAAGACCAUGGAGAAAGAGAGAAAGUUUAAAGUAUUAGUAGUUUGGUGACUUACCCUUCCUUCCGCCUGUCUCACUUGUAAUUGUCUAUAGUUUCUAAUUAGAUUAACAGUGGACCAUUCCUCAAACAGAACUGUGAGGAUGUAAAACAGGCCUGAGGCCUUUUAACUGUGGUGAGAAGGUGUUGGUAUUAUUUAGCAUAACCUGAGGUUGGAGAGGAUCACGUGGGAGCCUGUAACCAAAGCUAGAAGGUAACUUUUGGGAUGGAUGGAGGUUCCCUUGAAGCAGUGCCAACCCAAAUCUACCUCAGGUAAGUAGUUAGAGUAACUUUUCAAGAUUUCAGACCAAAUAAGAUAAAUUAUAUUCUGUCCAUGUACUCCUCUAUGCUUUAUGUUUUUGUUUACCUUUAAUUCUUAAAUAAACAUUUGUUCU